AUGGCUACAACAACAUCCAGGACGACCUUCAAGGUCCCUGGGUUAGCUACCUCCGACGGGAUCUUGGUCAUAUGGCCCCACUUCCACCGGUCCGCGGUCUUCACCGCCGGCGGCUACUACGACUGGUCCAUCUGCUACUACCCGGACAGCCUCUACGACAGCGACAGCAUCGACCUCUGCCUGCAGCUCGAGUCCAGGGGCACGGAGGUGACGAUAUCGUCCAGCGUCAGCCUCCUCGAUCCCAAGGCCACCCUGCCGCCGUUGAAUCUGGUGAAGCCAUCGCCGCCGUUGAGGUUCGACUCCGAGGAUGAGGACAGAAGGAUGGUGACACACUGGGUGCCCAAGAGGGUGCUGAGAGAGGCCCUACGCCACGGGUACCUGCAGGGGCAAAGCGGCCUCUUGUUUCAGUGGACAAUCACCGUGAUUUAUGUGCCAGAGCCGGAGCUGAUGAUCCCUGUACCAGAGCUGAUGCCGAUGCCGAUGCUGGAGCCGGAGCUGACGCCGGUACAGGAGCCAAGGCCCGAGGUCCCAACAGCAGAUGUGGUGCCGGAACCCAUGUCCGAUGUCCCAGAUGUGGCGCCGUUGUCCAUGGUCCCAGCGACGGACGUGACAUACUCGGUUUGGGGAUUGCUUUUCCACGCCCACAAGGCCAUACUCGCAGCGCAGUCACCGGUUUUCAAGGCGGAGCUGUCCGAAGCAAUGAAGAAGAAGCAGGCAAUCGGAGCACCGGCGGCCAUCAUCGAGGUCGACGGCAUGCGGCCUGAUGUUUUCGAGGCCCUUCUGAGCUACAUCUACACCGAUGCUCUUCCCGACACAGAGGGUCAAUCCGAUGAGGACGAUGAUGCAACCCAGAUGAUGUGCGAUCUACUCGUAGCCGCAGAUCGGUACGACCUGGAGAGGCUCAAGCUCCUGUGCGAGCGGGAGCUCUCCAAGAUCGUCGACGUGGAGAACGUGGCGAAGAUGCUGGCUUUCGCGGACGAUCACUACUGCUGCGCGCUCCAGGACGCCUGCAUCGAGUUCAUGGUGACCUCGGGCAGGAUGGAGGAGGUGGUGGAGAGCCCGGGCUACCAGCUGCUCCGCAGGAAACACCCCUUGAUCUUGGUGGAUGUGCUAGAGAAGUUUUUGAUAUUUCACAAUGUGUACUAG